AUGUCCGAAACAAAAGAAAAGGACAAAUACAAGUACCGUCUGGAGAUCCAACAGAUGAUGUUUGUCUCUGGCGAAACGUGUGAUCCGCCGGCGGAAACCACCUCGCUCAUUGAGGACAUUGUCCGCGACCAAGUCGUUGAGAUUCUCUACCAAGCAUCAUCAAUCGCGUUACGCCGAGGAUCGCGCUCGAUUGCUCCAGAAGAUCUUAUUUUCCUUAUCCGCCAUGAUAAGGCCAAGGUUAACCGCCUGCGUACAUACCUAUCCUGGAAGGACGUGCGCAAAAAUGCUAAAGAACAAGAGGGCGGCGGUGUCGAGGGUGCAGAUAUUCUCGAUGAUGCAGGGCUGCUGGGCGGGCCUGGUGGAGGUCCUGGUGGUUCUGGGGGGCCAGGAGGGCCAGGGGGACCUGGUGGAGCGAACGGUGGUGGAGUGAACGGAGCCAACGGAGUCAACGGAUUGAAUGGUUCUGGGGGGAGUGGAUCUAACAGCAGUAGACUGUACAAAAAACCCAAGAUUAGACUACCAUGGGAACUGACGUUCCAAUUUAGAGAAGUGCCACUGGAACACGAGGAUAAUGGAGAUGGACCAGACGAACUUGAUGAUAUGGAACGGGAAGCUAACAUGGCAACAAUGCAGCGGCUCAAGGCAGCAGAUGAGCGCACGCGACAAAUGACAAAGGAAGAGUAUGUGCACUGGAGUGAGUGUCGUCAAGCAUCGUUCACGUACCGCAAAGGCAAACGGUUUCGUGAGUGGGCGGGUAUUUCAUAUCUCACAGACUCGAAGCCGCACGACGACAUUAUUGAUAUUCUUGGGUUUUUGACUUUUGAAAUUGUAAUGUGUGUGACUGAAGAAGCACUCAAGGUUAAGGAGCAAGAAGAGGAGUUGGAGGCACGCUCGUCUAAGUCGCGACGACAGGCUAGUAGCAGCGGCUCCACUGAUAAUACAAAGGGAUUCCCGCUCGAGAAAAAACGGAAAAGAGAACGUCACUUGUUUGACGGCCCGGAUGAAGACCAGAAACCAAUCAUGGCAAGACACGUCCAGGAAGCGUUCCGUCGUAUGCAGUUUCUCAAGCCUAAAGGAAGAGCCCUGCGCCGCUACACGGGUGGUCUUGUGAGCUCCAAGCAGGUGCUUUUAUAG